AUGAAUCAGCGGAGGUCUAUUGGCUUCCCAUUUUUUCAAUCUAGGAAUAGCAUACCGAGGGUGCUUAAUUUUAAACGCCUCUCUGCUCUUCUUCGAGAAAGAAUGAUGGAAGCAGCCAGGCAAUCUAUGUUUUCGAAUGUCCGUGCUGAAAAGUAACUUGCACGUUGACAAAGUGCGCCAAGUUACAUGGGCCAUCUGGGGCUCCCGUUGUCGUACGCCAUAGUUCGACACAUAGCUGCUCUUCUGAAUCGUGAGCACAGGCUCAUUGAGGACUUCAGGGCAUCCAAAUCAUGGACUGCCAAAUUUGUUCGAGAAUGUGGACAGGAAGUGUAG